GUUUAUUCCUCCGUGUGGUCAUGUAGCGGGUGUUGCUGUCGGUGCUGUUUCUGUGUCUGUGUCUUGCUUUGUCACGGCAGAACACAACACAACUCGACUCGUCCACACAAUGAUUUUCUCACGGCCGAUCCGGCUGCUCGGAAUCAAUUCGACGUCUGCCACGAGACGCUACUCGUCCCAGCGAUACCGGGGCUUUGCCAAGCCGGGUGUGUUGCUGUCUGCGUUGCGUGCAGCUGGCCCGGCGGGGCUUCACAGCGGCAGGAAGCCGUUCUCGUUCUCCGCCGCCGCUUGCAGCGGCGGCUCCACCCAGCCUUCCAACUCCGAACCGCCCCACGUUCCUGCGAAAAUCGUCCCUCCCCCGGAGAAGAAGCACGAGAGCAGUCCGGGGCGGUACAGCUUUGUCAAAAAGUCGUUCAGGUUCUUCAUCGUCGGCAGCGGGGUCAUAAGCGGGUCCUUGCUUCUUGUCUUGGGCUCGUUCUUCAUCUAUGACUACACCACGUACUCCCCGCCCGAGGUGCCGCAAAACCUUUUGAUUCCGUUCGACUCGCUGAACCCUCCUAUUGGCGGUCCGGAAAACCUUCCGAUUCUCGUGAAAAACCUCGACUCUUACGACUCCGCCUCCAAGAUCAGCGACAUGCAGAAGAAGAAGCUAGUCAUCCUUGGCUGUGGGUGGGGUGCAGUCUCGCUGCUACGCCAAUUGAGCAAAGACGAAUACGACGUUACUGUCAUCUCGCCAACCAACUACUUUCUAUUCACGCCAAUGCUCCCCUGUGCCGCCGUUGGCACCUUGGAUAUUAAGACCUUGAUGGAGAGUAUUAGGUCUUUGAUUAACAACAUCAACGGCCAUUAUCUGCAUGCAAAGGCCGAGCGAGUCGAGUUUUCGGAGAAGCUGGUCAAGGUCCAGGACAUGGAGACAAGCAAGUAUUUCUAUGUUCCUUAUGACAAGUUGGUUGUAGCAGUCGGGUGCACCUCGAAUAAUCACGGAGUGAAAGGUUUGGAGUACACCCACCGCUUGAAAACCGCAGAAGACGCCUUGACUAUCAGACGGAAACUUUUGCGCAAUUUUGAACAAGCCUGUUUGCCUACCACUUCCGACGCAGAGAGGAAAAAACUUUUAUCUUUUGUUGUCUGUGGUGCCGGGCCAACGGGUGUUGAGGUUGCUGCAGAAAUCUUUGAUCUCAUCAACGAAGAUCUGCCACGGUUGUAUCCAAAGAUCUUGCGACAAGAAGUUUCUAUUCAUAUCAUCCAGUCUAGAUCCCACAUUUUGAACACCUAUGACAAGAAAAUCUCGGAGUAUGCAAUGGACAGAUUUAGCAAUGAUAGCAUCGACUUGUUGGUGAAUUCCAGAGUCAAUGAGAUCUUACCGGACAAGGUGAUUUUCAACCAAAAGAAAGAAAACGGUGAAAUUGAGCAAAGAGAAAUCCCAUAUGGCUUAUGUCUCUGGUCUACGGGAAUUGGACUCAAUGAUCUCACAAAGCAGCUUUCAGACGACCUUAAACCUUUCCAAAGAAACAAAAGAGCAUUAGAAACAGACUCUCAUUUACGGGUCAUUGGGGCCCCCUAUGGUGAUAUCUAUGCCAUCGGUGAUUGCUCAACCGUUCGGACGGAUAUCGGCGAUCAUUGUGAGGACUAUGUUAGACAGUUUAUUCUCAACCAUAAGUCAAUUAGAGAAAGAGAUGAGAGUAAGCUCAUCACCGACGCAGAUAUUAAAAAUUUUGAAAUCACCCAUUCACAGCUAAAAGGUUUAUGUUCUGAAAUUGCAAAGCACAAUCCUUUGGCCUUGGAAGCUUUACUAUUAGCAGAAGAGUUGGUUUGCAAGUAUGAUAAGGAAAAUACCGGAAAACUAAAAUUCAAGGACUUGAAAAUGCUAUUUAAAGAGGUGGAUUCAAAAGUCACUGCCCUACCUGCAACCGCACAGAGGGCUCAUCAAGAGGGAAACUAUUUAGGAAAAAAAUUGUCCAAGCUUGCCCUCGCUGAAGAGAACUUUCUUCAACAUGAUAUCCAUAAUGGAGAUAUUGAUGAUGCCGUCUCGAAGCCUUUCAAAUAUAAACAUUUGGGUUCUUUGGCCUAUUUAGGAAACUCCGCAGUUUUCGACCUACCAGGACAUUCUCUUUUUGGAGGAUUGGUUGCUAUGUACUUGUGGAGAUCUGUUUACUUUGCACAAAGUGUAAGUAUUAGGAUUAGAGUCUUGAUGUUCUUUGACUGGGUGAAGAGAGGUAUUUUCGGCAGAGACACCAUCACCGUCUGAAGUCAGCUUUUUACCAGCUGAGCAUCCGCCUUCGCGGCUCGUUUUUUAUUUACUAAUUUGGUAUAAAGCACUAUCAUUUUGGAUACUUAUUUAUUCUAUCUUUUUUUCCCUAACAUGAGCGCUGGCCAAAAGAGGAAACUAAGAAUUGCCCCCACAUUCCAAAACUUCGAUUCGACGCCCGAUUGCCUUUUCUCAUCGGUGGAUGUUUUCCUUUUUCUUUAAUCCUUGCUCUACUAUAUCUCUUCUUUCCCUUUUCUUCCCUAU